GCUAAAAAGAACAAGACAUUGUCGUUGGUUCGUACUUUGUGGUCAAAUGACAUUUUGAUAAAAAUAAUUUAACUAUCGGCAUUUUAUCAUUUUUUAUAUUUCAUUCAUAGGGUUUCAUUUGUAUAAUAAAAUCAUGAAUAUUAUUCCAAGGUCUAGGAUCUCUUUUGUACGCGCUCUUGUCAAUGUAAGAAUGUACUCUGGUGAGCCUGGCUCUGGUGCUGGUAAGGGAGGUGGUGGCGGUGGUGCCAUCCGCGAAGCUGGCGGUACCUUCGGAAAGAUGGAGGCUGCCAGGGAAGAUGAGUACUUCUACAAGAAGCAAAAGGAGCAGCUAUCCAACCUCAAAGGUCACCUGAGCAAGGAAAUCGCUUUCCACCAGGACGCGAUCAAGCGCCAUGAGGAUGCCAUCCGACGCCACAAAGAACAGAUGGCUGAGAUUGAACACAAAUGAAUACAUAUAUAAUGUCAUCCAGCUGUUAGUAACAAAGAAUAAGGAAUGUGUUAUUCAACAUCUUAGAUCGAUAUGUUAUGUUAUAAGAAUGUUACUUUUCGCUUUUAUUUUGUUUAGUUUUAUUUCUAAAGUUUGAAGGACAAUUAUAUCGUCUAUGUGCAUA